CAGCCUAGGCGGGAGGUGGUUAAGCUUCUGGCUGCUCUGCAAUAGGGCCAUCUGUGUUUGAUCAAUCCGAGCGAGCGGAAAGGAGGGGGUGGGGGCCGUAAAGACUGUGAGAGCAUUCCAGAGUAGUGAGAGAGACCCGGAGAUCCAGAAAGAGAGAAGGCACCGCCCCCACCCCGCCUCCAAAGCUAGCCCGCCGGCUUGAGUGGAAGAGGCCGUCUGCACACGACUACACACUCGGUCUCCCCUGGCCCCACUCUCCGGCUGCCAUGGGGCCCCGCACUCCUCUCCUCAUCUUGUUCCUUUUGUCAUGGUUGGGACCCCUUCAAGGACAGCAGCACCACCUGGUGGAGUACAUGGAACGCCGACUAGCUGCCUUGGAGGAACGGCUGGCCCAGUGCCAGGACCAGAGUAGUCGGCACGCUGCUGAGCUGCGGGACUUCAAGAACAAGAUGCUGCCGCUGCUGGAGGUGGCCGAGAAGGAGCGGGAGGCGCUCAGAACUGAGGCAGACACCAUCUCGGGGAGAGUGGACCGUCUGGAGCGGGAAGUGGACUAUCUGGAGACCCAGAACCCAGCCCUCCCCUGUGUAGAGGUUGACGAGAAGGUGACCGGAAGUCCCGGGACCAAAGGCAAGGGCAGAAGGAAUGAGAAGUAUGAUAUGGUGACAGACUGUGGCUACACCAUCUCCCAGGUGAGAUCGAUGAAGAUCCUGAAGCGUUUCGGUGGGCCUGUGGGCCUGUGGACAAAGGACCCAUUGGGGCCUGCCGAGAAGAUCUACGUGUUAGAUGGGACCCAGAACGACACAGCCUUCGUCUUCCCAAGGCUGCGUGACUUCACCCUGGCCAUGGCUGCCCGGAAAGCUUCCCGAGUCCGGGUGCCCUUCCCCUGGGUAGGCACGGGCCAGCUGGUAUAUGGCGGCUUUCUAUAUUAUGCCCGGAGGCCUCCUGGAAGACCUGGAGGGGGCGAUGAGUUGGAGAACACUUUGCAGCUCAUCAAAUUCCACUUGGCCAACCGCACGGUGGUGGACAGUUCCGUAUUCCCCGCAGAGGGUUUGAUCCCCCCGUACGGGCUGACGGCAGACACGUACAUAGACCUGGCGGCUGACGAGGAGGGCCUUUGGGCUGUCUAUGCCACUCGGGAGGAUGACAGGCACUUGUGUCUGGCCAAGUUAGACCCACAGACACUGGACACAGAGCAGCAGUGGGACACACCGUGUCCCAGAGAGAAUGCUGAGGCUGCCUUUGUCAUCUGUGGGACCCUAUAUGUCGUCUAUAACACUCGCCCCGCCAGUCGGGCCCGCAUCCAGUGCUCCUUUGAUGCCAGUGGCACCCUGACCCCCGAGAGGGCAGCGCUCCCUUAUUUCCCCCGCCGAUAUGGUGCCCAUGCCAGCCUCCGCUAUAACCCCCGAGAGCGCCAGCUCUAUGCCUGGGAUGAUGGCUACCAGAUUGUCUAUAAGCUGGAGAUGAGGAAGAAGGAGGAAGAAGUUUGAGGGAGGCAGCUAGUUCAGUCUCUUUCACCUCCAUACAGUUAUAUCCCUACUAAAUUUCCCGCUCCUCCUCUUUCUCCCUAUCCCAGUCCAUUUGGCUCUGUCUUCUGGAAUCUGUCUCCGAAUGUGGGCAAGUUGUGAUUCAAAUCUCACAUUUUUAGCCAAUUGAAGCCAAAUUCUCAUUGCCCUUUCUUUUCAUAUGGGACUCCAGAGCUUGAAGAAUCCUUUUAGACCUAAGAGAAAGCCCUAAAGGUUCACUCGUUCCCUCCCGCUCCCACGUCAAGGAAUUUCAGGCCAGUCGGAGAUGACCCAGACCCAGAGCUCUGACACUCGUGUGGGGGCAACCCCACGGAUGAGGCAGCAGAGUAUUUCUUGCCUCAGUGCAAGUCAGGGGAGAGAGGGCUAGGAGGAGACUUUCAACUCUGCCCUCCACCUCUUCCCACUCCAGUACCCUAAAGAAUGGGACUCAUUUUGUAUUGCAGCCUUUUGCAUUAAAAGGAAAAUCCACUUUU